AUUCCGCUCUCCAAAAUCCAAGCUAGGCCAAUGAGGGCGGCGAUGAAUGGCGCCCACAAGCUCUCGCUGGAAGAGGCGCAAACGUCGUGGUUCGUGCGCCAGGGCGGCGAUUGCUCGGCCGUUCGCAUUGGGGAAUCGGCAUGCGGCAGGGGAUUGUUUGCUGCUCGGUCGAUUCGCGCUGGAGAGCAGAUUGUGCGAAUUCCUCAUGAGCUGGUGCUCACGGCCGAGAAACUAGACGAUUGUGUGAAGAAGUUACUAUCGACAGAGUAUGAUUGGUGUCCUCUGACGCUUCUCAUCCUUGCGGAGCAACACAAAGGAGAGGCUUCUAGAUGGGCUCCAUACGUUUCUUGUCUUCCAUCAUUUGGGGAUCACCACUCUACUAUUUUCUGGGGGAAGGAGGAAUUGAAAUUCUUGGAGUGUACCCGUGCUUUCCGUGGAACAGCCGAGCGGCGUGAAAUGAUCUCGGACGAGUACAAUUCAGUGAAGGAUGUAACGACUGUUAUAAGCUCGUGUCCUCACGUAUUUGGCGAAGAUAUCUCGCUUUUCCAGUUUGCGCAUGCGUAUGCUACUGUCGUUUCACGAGCUUGGAAUGGUGCUCUUUCCAGCGAAAUCUCCAUGAGGCCUUUUGUGGACUUCUGCAACCACGAUCCAGUUUCUCACGCAACGGUGUCACACGACACUUGCAAGGAUGCGACAGUCAUUAUUGCCGAGCGCGAUUACACAAAAGGCGAAGAGGUUUUUAUCAGUUAUGGCAAGCGCUCCAACGCUGUACUUGCAGUAGACUACGGUUUUGUGCUUCCUAACAAUUUGAGUGAUCAGGCCGAGCUUUGGAUGGAAAUUCCAUGGAACGAUCCACUUCGCGAAAAAAAGCUUGAACUUAUGAGGGCAUUCAAUAUGCCAACCUUGCAGAAUGCUGAUGGAACGGAGAGUGGUGAAUUGCCAGUCAUCUUGGAGGAGGUUUUGGACUCAGCGGACUGGGAAGACGGGGUUGUACUCCCUCAAGCCCGUGCAUUUUCGCGUAUUAUUUGCUUGGAUUCCUUGGAAGACAUAGAAUCAAUGAUCCAAGAAUCCGAUACGCUUCAAGCUCCAUUAGCAUACCAGCCAAGAAAGGACGUGGCGAAGGAAACCCGGGCAAUGAAUUUCUUGCUGGAGAUGAUCCAGGAAAGCAUCACGUCACACGAGCAGGCAUUGCUGAUGCUGCAGUCGGCCCCCGACCACAUAAACAAAAUCCGCCGAGGAAUGGCUGAAGCUGUUCUUGAUGGUGAGCUCCGAGUUCUAGAAAACUCUAGAGGCUGGCUCAAAGAUUGUCUUCCAAAUGGACAAGAGCAAGUAUAGGGGAGCAUGGUUUAUUGAUAGGCUGGAGUUGUAGAUAUUGAUGGAAGUGUGCUUCAUGUGGCAUGUCCAAUUUGGAUAGAUAGAUUUUUCCUAACCUUGAAUGUUAGAUAACACUUCCUAUUUA